AUGAGGACAGAGCCCCCUCUGCCUCCUCACAGCCUGGAGCUGACCAACAGCAGCCCCACCCCACCGUCACCUCAGCAUCCGGAUCCCAGUGACCGGAUCAGGGACAGACCCCUCCCUAUGAAGGCGGGAGAUGGAGAAGCUCCCGGAGGAGGCGAGGCGGAGGCGCCGGCCCUGCUGCGGCUCAUCGACCAGCACGGGGGGGGGCGCCAGGCUCCCCCCGCGACGGCGCUGAGAUCCUGGAGGGGCCAGGCCGUUCGGCCGCGCGGCCUGCGGGAAGGCCUUCAGCAAGUGUGGGAGCUGUUGAGCCACGAGGUGGUGCACACGGCGGCCCGGCCCUUCCUCUGCGGGCUGUGCGCGGCCGCCUUCAAGAGCCACUCGGACUGCAAGAGCCACCGGCUGGUGCACAGCGACGGGCGGCCGCACCGCUGCCACGCCUGCGGCAAGCGCUUCAAGCGGGCCAGCCACCUGCAGGAGCACCAGCGCCUCCACACGGGCGAGCGCCCCUUUCCCUGUCCGUCCUGCCCGCCCGAAGCGCUUCAAGACCCCCUACGAGCUGCACGCCCAGGAGCCACUGCACGCCCCUUCGCGGCCCUUCUCCUGUCGGGACUGCGGCAAGGGCUUCGCAAUGGGGCCGGCCCUGCUUCUGCACCGGCGGCAACUCUGCGAGGACAAGCCUCGUGCGUGCGGGUGUGCGGCAAGCGCUUCACGUCCGGGCACAGCCUGCGGGUGCACGGGCGCGUGCACACGGGCGACCCUGUGCGCCCUUAUGCCUGCCGCUUCUGCCCCAAGCUCUUCAAGGACCUGGCCUACCGUGCGGUCCACGAGAAGGUGCACACGGGAGACACGCCCUAUAAGUGCAGCAUCUGCAGCAAAAGCUUCGCACAUCCCAGCAACCUGCUGCAGCAUCAGAGGGUGCAUCGCGACGCGUGA